GCACUAUCAUCAGCAUUUUAGUUUCAAUUCCAUAAAAUUCACAAAAUAAUAUAAUUUAAUAAUUAUUCUAUAUUCUCGAUUGGAUUGUGAUAAAUAAUAUCUUUUGGUUAUUUUAUGUCACAUUAACACUAACAAAUAAAAUAUACAUUAAUUAUAUUUAGUUUGCUUCCACAAUGAACAUGAACAUGAAUAUGCAACAACGAGAAGAAAAACAAUUAGAGGCUACUAUACAAGCUAUAUUAAAUAGAGUGAAUGAUUUGAAAGGUGCAAUACAGGCUCUCAUUACAAAAUUAGAAACUGAAUAUGAAACUAUAAACUGGCCUACUUUCCUAGAUAAUUAUGCUAUUCUAUCUGGACAUCUUACUGGAUUGAGUAAAAUUUUACAAGCAGAAAUAGCAAUGUCCUUACGUUCUCGUAUUGUUUUACCACUUCAACUGGGCUGUGAACGAGAUGAGGCAUUGGCUAGACUGACAGAAGGGAGGGUGCCAGCAUGUACCCAUGAUCUAGUUCCAGAUUUACUACGAACAAAGCCUGAACCACAAGCUGAGCAAAGGCUUCAGCAAUUUAAUCAUAAAGCUAGCACACUUAGCUAUGACACAGCACAGAAACAAGUGGCUCAAUUUGCUAAAGUGGUUAGUCAUGUAUGGGAAAUUAUAUCCAAGGGUCGCGAGGACUGGGAAGGAGAAUCCAUGAGAGCAGCAGGUAUGCAACCUACUCAUAUCCUCGCCGACACGCAUGCAUUGGUGACAGCUGUAGGGACUGGCAAAGGGCUGCGACCUGGAAUGCCUGCAAUAGUCCCAGCUGGUGUCGGUCCUAUGGGCAUGGGUCCAUCGCGCGGGCCUACCCCGCAACCCGGACCGGCAGCACCGACGUUGCCUAAAGCACCAUCAGCCAUCAAGACCAACAUAAAAUCUGCUAACCAGAUACAUCCUUAUCAACGAUAAAUAAAUAUGUACAACUUGUAGUUAA